GCCGGGCGCCUGCGCCAGCGGUGCCUAUCGCUGCUCUCUCUCUAGCUCGCUCGCUCGCUUUGCUUUGGUCUUGCUAAGAAGCGACCCGAGUGAAAUGUAACAAAACAAGCGGCGCCUUCGUCCGCGCUUAAAGGAGCCGCGCUCGCUCGGAGGCGAAACUGAAGGGGAAAGAAGUCGCGGGGAAAGUGGCCAGGAGGAAAGGGAACGAGGACCUUUUGGUUUGUUUGUUUCCUCCACUUUCCCAGGUGGGACCCGGAGCCGCACGGAGGGAAAACUGCGCCGGGAAAGGAGGCUUGCCUACCACGACUAGGGGAAGAAGGAAAGCGGCAGGACGAGGGGACGCCCGCCGGACUCUUGCUGAGGGACCAGGGCCGGCUCGAUGGCAAAGGCGCCGUCGGAGGAGGCGCUCGCUGCCGCUGCUUCUGCUGUUGCCGCCGCCGCUUCGGGCAGGACCUGCGCGAAGUUUGCUCGGUGAUGGCUUGAAAGUUGCCGGGAGCGCCCGGGGAAGGCUGGCUCGACGGCCCCAGCGCGCCUGCCUGCCUCGCCUUUCUCCCUCUUUCUGCUCUGCUGCUGGUGGUGUUUGUUUCGCGCAGCAGCUCCGGACUCGGCGAGCAGCGCCAUGUCGAAAGUGAUCCAGAAGAAGAACCACUGGACGACCAAGGUGCACCAGUGCGCGGUGAGCCGCGGGGCUCAGGGCCAGCUCGGGGUCACCAUCCUGGGGGGAGCGGAAUAUGGAGAGUUUCCUUACGUCGGGGCGACGGCGGAGGAGGACAGCGGAGGCGACGGGAAACUGGGCGAAGGGGAGCUCUUGUUGGAAGUGCAGGGCAUCCGGGUGUCGGGCUUGCCCCGCUACGACGUGCUGGGAGUUAUCCGCAGCUGCAAGGACCCCGUCCUUUUCAAAGCCGUCAGACAAGGAAGUCGUCUGAACAAAGAUCUGAGACAUUAUCUCAACCAGAGGUUUCAGAAAGGAUCUCCAGAUCACGAGCUGCAACAGACUAUUAGAGAUAACCUUUAUCGCCACGCUGUGCCUUGCACAACACGUCCUCCACGAGAAGGAGAAGUGCCUGGUGUGGACUAUAACUUUCUGACUGUGCAGGAGUUUCUUGAGCUUGAGAAAAGCGGGACUCUUCUUGAAGUGGGAACCUAUGAAGGUAACUACUAUGGAACACCCAAGCCUCCCAGCCAACCCCUCAGUGGGAAAGUGAAUAAUACCGAUGCUUUGCAAAACCUCCAGUCCGGCUCCAAGCAGUCGACCCCCAAGCGAACCAAGUCUUACAAUGAUAUGCAAAAUGCUGGCAUAGUGCAUACGGAGAAUGAAGAGGAAGAUGAUGUCCCUGAAAUGAACAGUAGCUUUACAGCAGACUCUGGUGAACAAGACGAGCACAAUACACACAGCACAAGAGACUCGGCUCCCCCAUCUGUGAAUAAUAGCAGCAUCACCACUGUUCCCACCACGGAACCUUCUCAGAAGCUCCCUCAAUACCUACCUCCUUGUGCAGAGGAAAACUUGGGUCCUCUGCCUGAAAACUGGGAGAUGGCCUAUACAGAAAAUGGAGAAGUCUACUUUAUUGACCAUAACACUAAAACGACGUCUUGGCUAGACCCACGGUGCCUGAACAAACAGCAAAAGCCUCUAGAAGAAUGUGAAGAUGACGAACUACCUACUGGUUGGGAAAAGAUCGAAGAUCCUGUAUAUGGUGUCUACUAUGUAGACCACAUCAACCGGAAAACACAAUAUGAAAACCCGGUUCUGGAAGCUAAACGGAAGAAACAGCUUGAGCAGCAGCAGCAGCAGCAGCAACCACCACAACCACCAGAAGAAUGGACAGCGGAGCACCCGCCACUUGCCCCUCCUGCUCUUCCAAACCACACUCCCAACAACCAGGAGACAGUUCGAGAUGCUCCAGUACAAGGAAAGCCGUUUUUCACGCGGAACCCAUCUGAACUGAAAGGAAAGUUCAUUCACACCAAACUGAGGAAAAGCAGCAGGGGUUUCGGUUUCACUGUCGUCGGCGGGGAUGAACCGGAUGAAUUUCUUCAGAUAAAGAGUUUGGUGCUUGAUGGACCUGCAGCUCUGGAUGGCAAAAUGGAAACAGGGGACGUUAUCGUCAGCGUGAAUGACACGUGUGUGCUGGGCCAUACGCACGCUCAAGUUGUCAAAAUCUUCCAGUCGAUCCCCAUCGGCGCCAGCGUGGACCUAGAACUCUGCCGAGGCUAUCCUCUGCCUUUCGACCCCGACGAUCCCAACACGAGCCUAGUGACCUCUGUGGCCAUCUUGGAUAAAGAACCGAUCAUUGUGAACGGGCAGGAGAACUAUGACUCCCCGGCGAGUCACGGCAGCAAGUCGGGGAAAUUAAACGGGAUGAAGGAGCCCAGGCCCAGCAGCCCGGCCGAGGUUUCCUCGAACGGCUCCCACGGUUACCCCAACGACACCGUCUCUUUGGCUUCUUCUAUAGCGACGCAACCUGAACUCAUAACUGUACAUAUAAUCAAAGGGCCCAUGGGCUUUGGCUUCACUAUAGCAGACAGUCCCGGGGGUGGGGGGCAGAGAGUGAAGCAAAUCGUUGACAGCCCAAGGUGCCGAGGCCUAAAAGAAGGGGAUCUUAUAGUGGAAGUCAGUAAGAAGAAUGUCCAGAAUCUAACUCACAACCAAGUGGUGGAUAUGCUUAUCGAAUGCCCUAAAGGAAGCGAGGUGACACUGCUUGUACAGCGAGGAGGACUGCCAGCCCCUAAGAAGAGCCCAAAGUCGCAACCACUUGAAAGGAAAGACAGCCAAAACAGCUCUCAGCACAGCGUCUCCAGCCACCACAGCACCCACACCGCUUCACCUGUCCGUAGCACCCAGGUGCUUCCUGACUACCCUGCCACCGAAGCACCAGCUGCGGAGCAACCAGACAACGCUGGGCAGAAGAAGCCAGAUCCUUUCAAAAUCUGGGCCCAGUCCAGGAGCAUGUAUGAAAGCCGACCUAUGUCACCUUCGCCUGCGACUGGACUGAGCAAGGGUGAAAGAGAGAGAGAAAUCAAUUCCACGAAUUUUGGAGAAUUUCCAGAUUAUCAAGAGCAGGAUAUUUUUCUAUGGAGAAAAGAGACUGGAUUUGGAUUUAGGAUUCUUGGUGGAAAUGAGCCUGGAGAACCUAUUUACAUUGGUCACAUUGUGCCACUGGGUGCUGCAGAUGCCGAUGGCCGCCUGCGAUCUGGGGAUGAAUUGAUCUGCGUGGAUGGGACCCCUGUUGUCGGGAAAUCUCACCAGCUUGUAGUUCAGCUUAUGCAACAGGCCGCCAAGCAAGGCCAUGUCAAUCUGACUGUCAGGCGCAAAGUGGUUUACACAGUUCCGAAAGCAGAGAACGAGGUCCCCUCCCCAGCCUCAUCUCACCACAGCAGCAACCAGCCUGCUUCUCUGACAGAGGAGAAGCGCACUCCGCAGGGGAGCCAGAACUCUCUCAACACCGUCAGUUCCGGCAGCGGCAGCACCAGUGGAAUCGGCAGCGGAGGAGGCGGGGGCAGCGGUGUGGUCAGCACUGUGGUGCAGCCCUACGAUGUGGAAAUACGCCGCGGAGAGAAUGAAGGCUUUGGCUUUGUCAUCGUGUCUUCCGUUAGCCGGCCAGAAGCUGGAACGACGUUCGCGGGCAAUGCAUGUGUGGCCAUGCCUCACAAAAUAGGUCGGAUUAUUGAGGGGAGCCCAGCAGACCGCUGUGGGAAGCUGAAAGUGGGGGACCGGAUACUGGCCGUUAAUGGAUGCUCCAUCACCAACAAAUCACAUUCGGACAUCGUCAACCUAAUUAAAGAAGCAGGAAAUAUGGUUACUCUGCGCAUUAUCCCAGGGGAUGAAUCCUCCAAUGCAACCUUACUGACCAAUGCAGAAAAAAUUGCUACAAUUACAACCACACAUACUCCUCAACAAAUGCCGCAGGAGACCAGGAACAACACAAAACCAAAGCAAGAGUCCCAGUUCGAUUUCAAACCACCCACAGCCUCACAGCCGGACCAGGAUUUUUACACAGUUGAGCUUGAAAGAGGAGCGAAAGGGUUUGGCUUUAGCCUACGAGGGGGCCGAGAAUAUAACAUGGAUCUCUAUGUGCUGCGGUUAGCGGAGGACGGUCCUGCUGAGAGAUGCGGGAAAAUGAGGAUCGGUGAUGAAAUCCUGGAGAUCAAUGGAGAAACCACAAAAAACAUGAAGCACGCCCGAGCCAUAGAACUAAUUAAAAAUGGUGGCCGCAAAGUUCGCCUGUUUCUCAAACGUGGAGAUGGCUCUGUACCAGAAUAUGGUGGGUCAAACUAUGAAAACAUUCCUUUUCUUCCUCCUGGCAUCACACCAUGAAUGAUAUGUCUCAAGAUCUGAAGCGGGGAUUCUUUUCUGUCCCCCAUCCCUCUCUCUUUCUCUUUUUUUCCACCAGUGUCUUACCAACCUUGGCAACAAGUGGCUUAAUUGCCUCACUUGUGCUGAAUUUUCUCUACACAUUUUCAUCCUUUGCUUGCUACUAUGGACUUUUGUGGGGGCACAGUGUACAGGCAAGAUCAUCUUCACAGCAGUAUUUUUUUGGUGAUCAGAGAGGGGGUAAAAAAACCCAGAGAGACAAAAACAAAAAACCCUACUAUCCUGUCCGACCAAACAAGGAAUGUUUAUUGAACUGUGCCAAACUCUUUCUCAGCGGAUGAAUUGUUUCUCUCGUCUUCUGAUCAGUGCAGAAAUGGGAAUCCUGUAUUAUACUUCUGAAGCUGUAGCCUUUGUUUGGCUUUUGUCCUUGGCUGUUGUCUGUAACCGUAGGCAUGAAUUCCAAGAUGGUGUCUGGGCUCUUACUGUCCCCUUAUAUUUAUGUAAAUAUUUAUAAAUUUAUUUUCUAAAAGUAUGCAAUACAAUAUAUAUAUAUAAAUAAAUAUAAAUAUAAAUAUGCACACACACUUGGACCCCGCUCCUGCCACCUCCCUUAAUGUUUGUUCGUUCACAACUGUGUAAGCUAUGAACAAAUUCAAUUUGCCAUUCUCAGUGUUUUGUCAUGUCCGGUGAGAUCACAUACAAUUUUCUUGCCAAGGGUUUAAAAACAAAUAAAAUAAGGUCAAUUUUAAAUGACCCUCUUUUCCCACCACUGUAUUUGAGUUCCCUAGGUAGAGGUUUGGGGUGGCUUAAUAUUGUAUAUAAUGUUACGCUGUCUUAUUUAUUUGAGAUAAUUAUUUGAAGGUGUGCCCUGGAUUGUGGGGGUUUUCCCAGCUAUAUAACAGGUUUCCAGCCAGUUAUGAGUUAUAAGCACAUAAAUGAACAGAGAUGUCCUUUAUGCUUCCCCAUAUUUGGGAUAAUAAUAUAUCAAUAAAUUAUAUUCCUUCUAUCCCAGUGUGGGAAAUUACAAUGGUCCCAACCAGUCUCCCUUUAUUGUCCUUCUUUUUCUCUCUCCACAAACUGAAUGGAGGAGGGGUUGGUUGGUUAGCACAAGGCCACAUGUGGAUGGGAGUGUUUCACAGUUUAAGGGUCACAAGCUGGACUUUUUAGAGUAAAUUCACACCAAGUUGAACUGAUCUUGUGAAUGGUUGAGCGUGUGUCCAGAUGUCAAUCCAGCGUGUCCUGAAAAGUUGAACUUGAGGUGUGAGGAGUUACAAUCUAGGCCAGCCCUCCUCAGCCUUGUGCCGUCCCAGAUAUAGACUAGAACUUCCUUCAGCCCUGACGGUUGGUCUGGCUGAUGGGCUGUGGCUGGAGGACACAUGGAGGGCACCAGGAAGGCUGAUGUAGGCCCGUAGAUCUAGGCCCAAGCUGGUCUGGAAACACAAUCACCUCAAAAAGUCAAGCUAACAUGUUGACAUUAACAUGGUUUAAAAAACAACUGCUUGUGAGAGUCUUCCCUAAAGGCAACACAUAAAUGAGUUUUUCCCACUGUUCUGUCAGAGGCAGCCAAGCACUGCUUUGGCGUGAAGUAGCAAUGCCGCGAGUGCAGGGAUGGGAUUUUUUUUCCUUACACACAGAGAGAGAAUGUCAGAGGAAGCUGUAAGCCUGCUUUCGGACACAUUGGAGUGCUUUCCCCCAAGCUGGGCUGGUGUUGUUAUCUCCACUAAACACCCACACUCCAAUUGCUAAUUAUUUGUUUAAAAAAGGAACAGGGCAAAUGUAUCAAACAUAGGCCCAUCGUCUGUUUUUAUUUAUGACACACUCUCAAGACCGUGCACUCAAUUGCCCGCAAAAUUACACUGGGCCCGAAUAGCCUGGCCGAUUCCACUCUAUAAAUUUAAAUCCAUUUGUAGUACUUAAUGAAUCGAAGCUCUUUUGUGUUUGCAAUUCUCUUAUACAAGCCACUCUGUUAGCCAUCUUUCAGCAGGACUAAAGUUGUGUAAUGUUCUUUCUUACUCUGUCUUUUCCUAUGCUUUUUUGUCUGUAAAGUAUUGUAUCAUAUGUUAAGCAUCGUAAAUAUAUCCUGGGUUGUUUCUUUUACUUUGGGGGGGAAAAAUUGCUUCACAUCUUCAAGAACGUCUGUUGCACCGAGAAUGAAAAAUCCCAACACCAGGGCAUGGGGUGGGGCGGCUUCUUUUAUUUUCUUUGUCUUUUGGCUGCACGUAACAAAUGUUAAUCACGUAACCAAUUCCAUUUCUGAGCAAGGGGCUUCUCUGCUGCUGCUGCUGCUGCUGCCGCUGCCGUUAUGUGCUUGCAACAUUCGGGGGGCUUAAGGCUUCUACAGUUUGCUGCAGUCGCUAACAAAUUGCUUCGAAAAAAUAAUAUGUUAGGUUCCGAUAUUUUUCUGACUUGAUUGGAACGUGCUUCUCUAACGAGGCUGUAUAUUUUUGUAAUGAGUUUUGUACUUAUUUUUAACGUUGUGAUCUUUCGUGGGCUUCUUUUUGUCAUUGAAUGUUAACUGGUUUUCCUCUAACACUCUGUCUCACUUUCCAAUUAUGUCUCUUUCUCCUCCGUCUUUCUCUCUUCUUCCUCUUCCUCUUCUUCUUCUCUCUCUCUCUCUCAGAAUGGAUGCUUUAGUUGUCUGGGUUACCUAAUCACCUUUUUUAAAUGUUUAAUUAUAAUAUGUCGCUUUAACAACUGCUAUCUCUGCAGCCUUAUAUCUGGGUGAUCCGGACUUGGAAAAAAAAUAAACUUUUCUUUAUUCUAAGAUAAAAACAAAUGAAGAUUUUUUUUCUUUCCUCUUUAUUAUAGGGUAUCUAAACAUUCUACUUUUCUCUUUCUCUUUCUCCUACUUUUCUUGGUGCCGGGCUCUUCCU